AUGAGUGGCUGGGUGCUAAGCGCCUGCUUUGCUGCCCUUCUGUCAUUUGCAGCUGGCACAGAUUGCCUGAGUGAGACGGGAGUGUGCUACCAGGGGACAAAUCUGGCCAUUACUCUGGAUGUGAACUCUGUGGCUGAGGGCUGCCAAGAGGUCGGCAAUGCGGCAGCCUGCUGCGAUUUGUGUGGUCAGUAUUGGCCACAAUGUCUGUCCUGGCAGUACAUCAUUGAGGGGAACAAUGACAAUGGCUAUUCAGGAAUGAGCUUUUAUUGCUGCCUCAAAGGCAGCUUUCGACCAGAUCCUCUGAGCGCUGCGUACUGCACCUCGGGGUAUUUUAACCCACAGUGCACCCUGACUGCUGCUUGCAGCUUCGACGUUUCAGGCAGCGGCUUGGGCUAUGACUCCUCCGUUAUGGCCCUGGAUGCCUCGAGCAGCUCCUGUGGCGCCGGCAGCGCAGAGGCCUGGGAUGGACUCAGCAACCCCCACAACGCCACGUCCUUCACGGACGCCUUGGCCACCUUUGACCUUGGCACGGCCGCUGGGGGCACGGCUGGGGACUAUCUUUUGUGCUACGGGGCGUCGGGUGCUUCGGCCAGCGUGGCGGACUACCCCACGCAGGUUGGCGUCUUCACCGUGAAGGGCCCUUCCUCCGGCCAGGACUUUUCCUGCACCCUGGGAGCGGAUUGCUCGUUGACGCUUGCAGGCUACAGCCAGUCGGCCACCUCGGCCGCCUACAAGGCCCUGGUUGUGCCGGGCUCCACCUGCGGCACGGGCAACGCUGCUGCCGACUUCUCAGGGAGCUUUGAGAACCCCAGGAUUGUUUGGGACAACGAAAACGACAAUUACUACGAGAUGAAGACUGGGGCGAUGGGCGACACCACAGCAACAUACUCGCUGUGCUGGGCAGCCAACCCCGCAACAUUGGAUGACUACGUCUUCCGCGUGGGCAGCUUCACAAUGCAGGGCCCAACCUCUGGGAUGUCGCAUGUGUGCACAUUGGGCCAAACUUGUGAUGUUACCCUGCAAGGCACUGGCUUCACUGACGCCAAUGGCUUGUUAGUUGCAUUUGGAAGCUAUGCUGUGGACACAGGCAGUGUUUGUGCGUUUUUGGUCGACGAGCUGGUGGCGUCUUUGGGUUCCAGCUUCAGCCACCCUGCGCUGCCGCAGGCCUCGCCCUACACUACCUUUUCCUUUGGGCGCGCGCUGAGCGCGCAUAGCAACCAGCCAGGGAGUGGGUACCGCCUUUGCUGGUCUGCCACACCUUCGCAAGUGCCCCCAAGCAAGGUGAACUCCGACUACGCCAUCGACUCUGGAUUGUUUACAAUGCAUGGGCCCGUGCUGAGCGACCAUCAGUGUAUCCUCACCCUUCCCUGCACGCUCACCUUGACUGGCUCCGGCUUUGACCAGGGCGCCCACGGCCUGGUGCUGCUCGGGGAAGGUGCAACCUGCGGUGGUAGCUGGGGGACGAUCAACGCCUCCGGCGCUGACUGGGGCAAUCCCGCAACUGACAGCGGUGCCAGUGACGACACCUUUAGCUUUGGAACGCCCACUGAGGGAACGGCGAACAGCAACUACGUGAUUUGUUGGGGCUUUCAGCCGGCCGGCGAGUCGGACUACAAUGUCUACGUUGGCAUCUUGGAGCUGGGAGGGCCGGAUCUUAUUCAGGGCUCCAGCUGUGUGAAGGGGGAGAACUGCGUGCUGGCGCUGACGGGCAUUGCGUUCGCCAGCACCAACAAGCUUUUGGUCUUGGACGUGGGCAGCAGCUGUGGGGCUGGGGCCACGUCUGCCACCUUCAGCCCCAUGGAAGUGGAGAAGCAGGUUCAGGAUGGCACCUUCACAGAGUACCAGCUGGGCAGUCCCAACACCGGCACAGCGCAGAGUGGCUACACCCUCUGCUGGGCAGCGAGCCCUGCGAGCGUGGCAGAUUUCGCGUUGACCCUGGGCGACUUCACGGUGACCGGUCCGAAUGUGCAAGAUGUGUCUUGCACCUUUGGGCUCUCAUGUGUGCUGGAGCUGAUCGGCCUUGAGCUGCAGAGCAGCAACAAGAUGAUCGUUCUGUCUGCGGGGUCCUGUGGAGAUAAUGGGCCCACGCUCGCCUCGGUCACAGGCAUGCUGAAUGCAAUCAAUGUAGAUGCGCAGAUGCCCUACAACACGUAUGACCUUGGCACACCCUCGGCAGGUCAGCCGAGAACGGACUACCUGCUCUGCUGGUCAAGUGCCCCCGCUGACGGGGCAGGGGCUGCAUUCUACAAGGUCCCAGUGGGAUACUUGACGCUGAAUGGCCCCGUGCAAGUCUCCCAGCAUUGCAUCAUGGGCACGCAGUGCAGCAUCACACUCACAGGUGUGGGCUUGGCGGCCUUCAAUCAGAUCCUUAUCAUUGAUGCAGCCGGCUCCUGCGGGAGCACUACGCCGUCCACGGCGGUCUUCGAUGGCUUGACCAACCCGGUGAGCCCCGACAGUGGCAACGUGGCCCUGUACAAUUUGGGCAUCGCCCGCACAACCUCAGAUGGCCCUGGCAGUGGCUACAUUGCGUGUUGGGGCCACAACGCCAGCUACGACUACUGGAACAUCCAGCUGGGCACCUUCUCCAUUGACGGCCCUGACCUGCAGACAUCUCUGGUCUACUGCACCCUCGGCCUGCCCUGUAGCCUCACCUUGACCGGGGUGAACCUCGCAGCCACCAACAAGAUCGUGGUCACCGCGCUGUCCGACACCUGCGGGCAGUCGGCCCUGAACCUGGCGGUCUUCGCGGGCGCGUCGAAUCCCACCAACGCCACCGCAGACGGCACCUACGACACCUUCGAGCUGGGCACUCCCACGGGCGGGAUGCCGGGGGACUACAAGGUCUGCUGGGGCUUCGACCCCUCGGCGGACGGGGACUUCCACGUGCCCGUGCUGACGCUGCGCAUGGGCGGGCCCGUGGCCAGGAGCAGCGAAUGCACCCUGAGCGAGCCCUGCAAGAUCGAGGUGGAGGGCGUGCGCUUGGCACACACCAGCCGCCUGCUCUUCAUCUCCACCAGCAGCAACUGCGGGGACACCUCCCCCACGGUGAUCUCCUGGAGCGGCAUCAACAACCCCGCGGGCACGGACCUGCUGAUCGCCCCGGCGGACCCUGGGUACGUCUACGCGGACGGGGACCGCUACGACGCGGGCCUCGGCUACGCAGGGGUGCCGGGGAGCUACAAGAUCUGCUGGAGCUUCGACCCUCCCGGGGCGUACUCGGACUACAAGGUGACCCUGGGAGACUUCGUGAUGAACGGCCCGAUUCAGAACAUGGCGGUGUCCUGCACACUGGGCCAGGCCUGUGUGGUGGAGCCCUCGGGCGUGGGCCUGAACGAGACCAACCAGGUGCAGCUCAUCACCACUGGCACCUGCGGCUCUGCAGCGGUGGUCCAGGCCACCAUCCAGGGCUUGGUGAACCCGGUGCUUGUGGCGGAUGGGAAGUUCACGCUGGGCGGCGCGGUGCUGGGCGGCUCCUAUGCCACCUGCCGGGUCCCCACGCCGGCGGAGGGGUGCAUCGGGUCCCACUACCGGAUGUGCUGGGCCCACGGGGUCUACCAGGGUGGCGCCAACUACGUGGUGGAGCUGGGCACCUUCAGCAUGAACGGGCCGUUCGGGACCUACCGGGUGGACUGCACCAUGGGCUCCAUUUGCAGCUUCAUCCUGUAUGGGUCCAUGUUGGCGCUCACCAACCGGGUGGUGAUCCUGGAUAUGGCCAGCUCUUGCGGAGACGCCACUGUAGUGUCCGCCUUUGCGGGGCUGCUGAACCCGGCACCCUUUAGCCAGCUGGCCACGGAUGGCUCCUCCGCCACCGCGCGGCUGGGCAAAUCCCACGCCGGCAGGCCUGGGGCCUACAAGCUGUGCUGGGGCUACGAGCCUUCGACCCUUGCGGACUUCAAGGUGGAUGUGGGCAUCUUCUACUUCCACGAUGUCCCUCAAGGCUGCGAGCCAGGUCUGGAGCCAACGCUGCUGCGGGAGUUGGAGGGCCUGGGCCUGAAGAACGGGCGCCUCAAAGGCGGCGCGGUCGCCUUCGAUGCCCCGGAGGGGGACCUCUGGCGGGCGGCGCUCUGCAGCCGCGUGCUGCUGGGCGCACGCCUAGGCGUCGCUGAGCCCUUCCACGCGGGCUACGAGUCGACGUUGUCAAACUAUGUCGCUGGCAUUGCUUGGCCCGACUACCUCUGGUUCAGACCAGAGGCAGUUGGCCCGCCGCUCAAGGUGCAGUCCGAGAGGUCUCGGCUCUAUCACUCGGAGGUGAUCGAGCGGGGCGUGCUCAGCGGUAUCGAGAAGCGGCGCAAGUUCUUCAUGAGCUUGCAGCUUCAGAACAAGGAGGAUGACAACUUCUACGGAAGAGAAGCAAAGGCAAAGCCGCCCUUCCCCACAGUCCGGGUGGAGCUGCUGAGGAACGAGUGCCAGCUGAGCGUGGAGGCCACGCUUUGCCCGCAGCCCCGCGCCUACGAGCUGGCCUUGGACGAGGCGGAGGCGCAGGUGCCGGAGGGUCGGGGCAGCGCCUGGCUGCUGAGCCCCCAGCACGCGGCGGCCUGCGCCAUCAAGACAAAUUUCCUCGGACAUCUCGAAGAAUGUGCCCAAGCCGGGCAGCGGCUGUGCGUGUGGGACCCCUUCUGCGGGAAGGGCACCAUGCUGCUGGAGGUCUUGGGCAUGGCGCUGGGAGUGCCCCCGGCCAGCCCAGCAAUGCAGAUGCCUUUCCAAGACUUCCCGGACUUCGACGAGAUCCGCUUCAAGGAGGUGCUGCGGUCGUUGCGGCUGACGCCGCACCCGGCAGCCUCCCAGCUGCUGUUGCUGGGCAGCCACGAGGAUGAGGACCUGGUGCGAAUGGCACAACUGAAUCUGGAGGCCCUGGUGCGCUCGCUGCCGCGGGCUCGGCAGAGCCAGUCGCUGCUGUGGGCGCCGGUGGAGCUAGAGGGCGUGAACGCUGUGAGCCGGCGCCUGCCGUGCCCCACAGCCUUCCACGCGUUGCCAGCCACAACGGUGGCAGAGCGGAUCAGGGGGCACCCCACCAUGAUCCUCACCACGGUGCCCUACGGCAACAAGGCUGAAUCCCGCAAGGACCAGCGCCUCUACAAACGCUUUGGCCAGCUGCUGCAGGCCAUGCAGCAAGAGGGCAACCUGCGGGGCGUCUACUGCCUGUCAGCACGGGAGGACUUCAAGCGCCUCAGCGGCCUGGACUGGCGCACCGAGCUGCGCCUCUCCUGCUCCGGGGUGUGGUCAGAGCUUCUGCGCUGGACGGGAGAUGCUUCCGGCGCAAUGCUGUACAUGCCUGAGGUCAGAUCUAGAAGGAAGCCGAAGAAGCCUCGAACACCGCCUGAGGACGCCGCGGAAGAAGCUGUGCCAACGGAAGCGCAGAGUUCCGCCACGCCGGCAGAUGCAACGCAUGCUGCAGAAGCAUCUGAAGCUCAGAAGGCUGCACCGCAGCCUGCGAUGGGCAGGAAGUCGCGCAGGCAACCCGUGCGGAGCGAGAGACAACGCCCAAGUGGUGGGGAGUCUGGCGGAUCGCCCAUGGAGCCGACCAGUGCACAAGUGCCGGAAAACGCGCGGUUCCACGAGAUGCUACGGGCAGAGAGCAUGCCCCUCUUGAAUGGCAAGUAUGAGCUGCUUUUCUGCACUGGUGUUCUGGCUUGGGCUGCCUCCCGGCUGCAUGACAACCCGUUCCUGGGCACAGGCAGUGCCUACCGCCGGGCCCCAGGGGGCGGCUUCGUGUGCAACAUCUCGGUUACCGUGGAGGUGCCUUUCAGUUACCAUCAGGAGAUGACUGGUCUCAGCGCCGACGAUAUCGAACAGGUCAAGAAGGAGUUUGCAGCCCUCGGCCAAGGCAACGAAUCGGUGCGUUUGUCUGCAGUCACUCAUGUGCUCGGCGAGCUGGACAGCUGGUCCCAGGGGGAGCUGGAGAAAUUGCCCGGGGGCCCUGAGGGGAGGUGGGAGGCACUUUGCGCUGGCUCGCUGCUUGCUGCGAAGGUGCGGUUCACGCCGCGCCUUCGCCGGGCGUUCGCCUCCCCGGGCAAGUUCCUGCGGAGUGUGCAGCCGCCGCUCGACGGCAGCUCCUACAAGGGCCAGAACGCGCGGCUGGCGAUCAUGGGUGGGUCCAAGGACUACACGGGGGCGCCCUACUAUGCAGGCAUGGCAGCACUGCGCACCGGGGCGGAGCUCGUUUACGUUCUCACGGAGGAUGUGGCCGCCCUCCCGAUCAAGUGCUACAGCCCUGAGCUCAUGGUGACUUCUUUGUAUCGCGAGCUUGAAGACGGGCACAUCCAGCUGGAUUGGGCGCAGUUCCUUGAGAGGGUGGAGAAGCUUCAUGCGCUGGUGCUGGGCUGCGGCAUGGGCACUCGCCCGGAGCUUCUCCAAAGGGCCAGCGAGAUUUGCCAGAAGGCAACCGACCUUGGCUUGCCGCUGGUGGUGGAUGCCGACGGCAUGGAGGUGAUUAGACGCUGGCCGGAAGUGGUCCGGGGCGCGGAGCGCGCAGUUCUUACGCCCAAUGUGGCGGAGUUUCGCCGCCUUUGUGAGACGUUGGAGGUUGGUGACCAGCCAGUGGAGAAGCAGGUAGUUGAGCUCUGUGGGCGUCUACAAGGGCCCUGUGUGCUGCUGAAAGGGGCUGAGGACCUCAUUUGCGACCGGGAGGGUCGCCUCGCGCGCUGCACGGUGACGGGGACCCCCCGACGCAGCGGCGGAUACGGCGAUGUCCUGGCCGGCUCCCUGGGCACGAUCCUUGCGUGGGCAGGGCGGCGACAUGCUGAAGGGCCCUUCCCGGCGGUGGAGGCCGCCCAGGCCGCCUGCGCCGUGGUGCGCCGCGCCUGUCUCCUGGCCUUCGAGCGGAAGCGCCGGGCCAUGACGGCGCCGGAUGUGCUGGAGGAGAUCGGGCCAGCUUUCGAGUAUUUCAGUGACUCCACCGAUGAGUCAGGUUAG